UACUCGUACUGGAUUUGAGGAAACUACCUAAUGGUUUUCUGUGCUUCUCUUUCUCCUUCACUAUUACAUACAUGUUUUAGGUUAUUAAAGAAGCACUCGAGGACGUCCACUUGAUGAGAUCCCACUCGGUUUGUAACACCAAGACACAUAAAGUGGAUACCACAUAACCGACGUCAUGAUCGAAAGCAUCCUCGAAAAUUGGGCUCCGAAGCAUUUAGUCGCUGUCGCCAUUGGACUCUUUGCAUUAUGGCGUAUCACCCGCAGGAUCUCACAGGAACUGAAAAUCCGACGGCUAGGAGGCCAUGCGAGACGAGUCAAAACCUGGCUUCCACUUGGUAAGCUGCCCUGCCCCAGAUGACCCUCACAAAUCCCGGUCGAGGAAGCUAGCUAAUCACCAUUUUAUACAGAUGUGGAUCUCAUCUGCAAAGCCAUUCUAGGAACGGUAAAACAUAGAAAUCUCGAGACGUGGGAUGGUUGGUUCGUCACGCCAUCAGAAACCUCCUACACCGUCGAAGCCAAACCCGCCGGUCGACGAAUAAUCUUCACCGCCGACCCGGAGAACAUCAAGGCCAUCCUCGCAACCCAAUUCGCCUCGUACGGAAAAGGGAAACCCUUUCACGAGGAAUGGAAAGAGUUCCUAGGCGAUUCCAUCUUCACCACGGAUGAAGACCAAUGGCAUGAUUCCCGGCAGCUUAUUCGGCCGCAGUUUAUCAAAGACCGGGUCAGUGAUCUGGAUGUUUUUGAGGAACAUGUCCAGAUUUUGAUACGGAAGAUGACAGAGGAGGGACGCACGUCGGAUGGGAAGGAGGGGAAGGGCUUUGAUGUUAGUGAUAUGCUUUUUAGGUAUACUUUGGAUGCGGCUACGCACUUUUUGUUUGGGAAUAGUGUGGAUAGUCUUGAGAAGCCGGAGCAGGAGUUUGCGCAUGCUUUUGGGGAGGUGCAGAGGGUGCAGAAUUAUAUUUCGAGAGCUGGGUUUGUCUUCCUUUGCCUUUUGGAAGCUUGGUCUGGUGAUCUUAGGUUGAAAUGCUUGCUAAUGAGUGGUGAUAGACCGUUCAAUGCGCUCGUCCCAAGAGGACAAUUCCGAAAGGCUAUCAAGACGUUGAAUGAAUUUGUCAAUCCUUUCGUCGACCAAGCUCUUCGGCUUUCGCCCGAGGAAUUGGCUACAAAAUCCAAAUCCGAUCAAGGAUACACUUUCCUCCACGCCCUCGCAGGUUUCACUCGAGAUCGUAAGGUCCUACGCGAUCAGCUCGUUGCAGUGCUUCUAGCCGGUCGAGAUACAACUGCCUCGACUCUAUCAUGGACCUUUUACGAGCUCGCACGAAACCCCUCCGUCGUCAAGAAGCUACGUCAAGAAAUCAUCGACAGAGUGGGUCUGAACCGAGCACCCACCUACGACGAUCUAAAGAACAUGAAAUACCUCCAAGUAAGUAAACCCUCACUCACCCCACCACCCUCCUAACACCCAUCAGAACGUAAUGCACGAAACCCUCCGCCUCUACCCCUCCGUCCCCUUCAACGUCCGCCUCGCCCUACGCGACACCACCCUCCCCCGCGGCGGCGGUCCCGACGGCCUCUCCCCCAUUGGCAUCCUCAAAGAUACGCCCAUCGGCUACUCAUCCAUCAUCAUGCACCGGCGUGCGGACCUCACUCCCGACGUCCUCUCCUUCCGUCCCGAGAGAUGGGAAUCCUGGCAGCCCAGGCCGUGGCAGUAUAUCCCGUUCAAUGGGGGCCCGCGGAUCUGUAUCGGUCAGCAGUUCGCGCUGACGGAGAUGGGGUAUACGCUUGUGAGGAUCUUGCAGCGGUUUGCGCGCGUGGAGAGUUAUAUGGGGGAGGUGGAUGGGGGACGGCCGUGUUUGAAGGCGGAGAUUGUGUUACAGCCUGGUCAGGGGGUUUUUGUGGGGUUUUUUGAGGGGGAGAAGGAGUAGGAGGUGGUUUUUUCCCUUUUAGGUGGGCAUUUGAUUUGAGGAGUUGUGGGAUUUUUUGGGAUUAGCGGUUAAGGAAUCCAUCUUUGGGAUGUACUUUACUGCACAUAAUGGUCGGCACUAUCAUACAUG